AUGUCGUUCCUGCCAGAGACCCUAUCUCUGCAGAAGUUGGCCCGGGAGCCCUACCUGGCCCUGCCCACGGCCCCCCAGUGCCUGGCCACUUACGUCUGGGUCAACGCGUCCGGGACCAGCGUCAAAUCCAAGACCCAGACUCUGACCUGCGAGCCACAGAGCAUCCACGACGUCCCGCUGUUCUACGGCACGCACUGGUUUGACCAACAAACCCACGAGAUCUCUCUGGUCCCACUGCGGAUGUUCCAGGAUCCUUUCACUCUGGGAAUCAAUAAACUCAUCCUGUGCCACGCCCUGGUGCUGGACGGGUCAGCAGCACCGGGGAACAGGAGGGUGGUGUGUCUGGAGGCUAUGGAGGCUGUGGAGGACCAAAAACCCUGGUUUUGCUUCAAGCAGCAGUACCUGCUGCAGACACUAGAGGGACAGCCGUUUGGAUGGGACUCUGCCGACUCCCCCAUUAAAGGUGUGAGCAGCACCGUGGGCCUGAACAACACGUUUGGUCGACAGGUCAGUCUCAGUCACUGUAACACCUGUACGCGGGGGUCCGGAUCACAGAGACCACCGCAGGGUCCAUCCCGGCUCAGGUGGGCCCCUGUGCAGCCUGUGGAGCAUCCCAUCUGGGCCAACGGGGGCCACAUGAACUUCAGCACCGAGAGCAUGAGGGAGGAGGGAGGCCUGAGAUUCAUUCAUGAAGCCAUCGAGCGUCUGGCCCAACGGCACGAGGAGCACCUGGAGGUGUACGGCAGCGAGGAGAACAUGCAACGGCUGAACAACGUGGGACCGAACCCGGACUUCAGCACCUUCUCCUGGGCGGUCUCGGAGCGCAAGUGCAGCGUGCGCAUCCCGGGACACGUGCACGAGGCCGGGAGGGGCUACCUGGAGGACCGCAGACCUGCCGCGGACUGUGACCCCUACCAGGUGUCCAUGGUCCUGGUCCAGACCUGCUGCAGACCGUGA